UCCUUCCCUUCCUUCUUUUCCGGCGUCGAGCGGCGGCUGAGGCGGCGGCAAGGCGGGCAUGGCAGGCAUGGCGGGCCCGGCGGCGGCGCUGCGGAUCGGGGACCAGCUCAUCCUGGAGGAGGACUACGACGAGGCCUACAUCCCCAGCCAGAGAGAGAUCCAGGAGUUCGCGCGCGUGAUCGGGAUCGACCCGGAGGCGGAGCCCGAGCUGCUCUGGCUGGCCAGGGAGGGGAUCGUGGCCCCGCUGCCGGCCGAGUGGAAGCCCUGCCAGGACGUGACGGGGGACAUCUACUACUUCAACUUCGCCACCGGCCAGUCCAGCUGGGACCAUCCCUGCGACGAGCACUACCGGCAGCUAGUGAUCCAGGAGCGGGAGCGACGCGUGGACCCCGGAGGAGGCGGGGGAGGAGGAGGAGGAGGAGGAGGCCUCCGGAAGAAGCCCGGGAAGCAGCGCAAGGACAAGCGGAAGAAGAAAGGCGAGGACAUACUGCUGCUGAAGCGGGAGGUGCAGUCGGAGUCGGGUCUCCUCCCCUCGGCCUCCUUCUACCGAACGCUCUCACCGGCCUCCUCCUCAGGCAGGGCCAGCCCUGACCUCGAGCCGCAGGGCAGCCUGACUGCGAGGCAGGAUCCCUUCCUGAGGGUCCCGAAGGGGAGAUCCUCUGCGGUGCUGCCAGAACCCAGCGACCCUUUGAGGCUCCUCCCGGCCAGUGCCUCGGGCAAACUGCAGCCGCUCUCUCUGGGCAAGCCCAGCCGGACCCACCAGAUCCUUGCGGACGUCGAAAAGAUCCUGGGAAGAGCUUCGUCCUCCUCUGGCAAGCACGAUGCCGGCCAUCCGCCCCGACAAGACUCCACUGCAGAGGUCCGGUGUGCGGCAGCCGGGGCGUUUUCAGAUUCGGAGCCCGAAGACACCGAGAGUCCCCGUGGCACACAGCGUAACCGCCGGGCCCUGAAAGAGCCGCCCCACGGAGCUCAGACCGACGACCGUUCACUGAGCCCGGGGUCACCUCUGAGGGGAGGCCUCUUGUUGGAGGUUGUGACACUGGGCAAAGACCAAGGGGACGGCAAUGCCCUCGAAGGACGCAGCCCUGUCGAUGCCCUUCUGGGAGAGAAGGAUGAGGACCUUGUACCUGCUGUGGCCGCAGAAGUGCCGCUCGUUCCCUCUGUGGCUUCCCUUCGGCCCAACAGAGCCCCGGAGGAAGAGCGGGGCCUCCACUCUCUGGGGAAUGGGCUGCGGCUACUUGACGGCAGGAGGAAGAAGGGACCCCAGGCCACAGAACUCGGCAAGAGUGGAAGAGCGACCGUGGAGCAGGGGCCGGCCCUGGUUGCCGGCCCUGUACUGCGGGUGGAGGCCGAGGCCGGAGCAAGGGCCAGUCCUGAGUCCUUUCCCAGCAGCAAGGCGGACUCCGGGGGCGGCAGCGUGGGCAGCAGCCUGGCGGACCACCUGGCCUCCCAGGUCCUGGGCGAGGUGGACAACUUCUCCUGGGACCUACAGAGCUCCCAUGACACCGACCACGCUGCGGAGCCCCCGGCCGCAGCCAAGAGGCCCUUCCUGGAAGCCCUUCACUCACAGGCCCACAGCUCCCCGGAGGAGCACUCCGAAAGCGAGUGCUACUCCGAGGACCAGAAGUUCUACCGGCACGUGCUACACAUGGUCAAAAGGUCGCGGGGGGCAGAACCCUUCAGCCAGUGCCCUGGCACUGCUCAGGAAGACUCCGAGGAAGCAGUGGUUUCUGAGACCGGGAGCCCAAAGGGACCCCCCUCUGCUGCAGAAGGAAAGGAGCCCACGCCGGCCGAGAAGGGCAGCCGGACUGCGCUUGCACCAGAAGGAGAGAAAGCCAAAGAGCCUGACAGCCGCAAAAAGGGUGUGUGUGAAUCAGUGGCCCAGGAAGAAGCAACAGAAGCAGCCGCUGCCUUGGACUUGUUAGUACCUGACAACAGAGCAGAGAAGGAAGAAGAGAGCAGCAGCGAGGGCCCACGGAGAGGAGCCCGGCUCCUCAGGAACCUCCACGUGGACCUCAGCACCCUGGACUCCGGCUCCGACAAUGAGGGAGAAGGCUGGCUGCCAGGAGAGGAAGCAGGACACGCAAAAGGCGGUGUAGAAGAGGAAUGGAAGCAGGAGUCGGCCGAGGUGCCCAAAAGAAAUGCUGAGCCUGAGGUCAAACCAAUGACGCCCUGGAAAGAAGAGGGUUCCGCAGAAGACGAAGUGAAAAAGACUUCUGUUGGCAAAGGACAGGCCUUGUCUUUGCAACAAGGAAAACAAACUUCGAUCCAGAACAUCCCUAAAGAAGAGGAAGAGACCCAAGGUUUCCAUCAGCAGAAGGAGGAGGCCCUUCGAUCCCUGAAAUGUGAGCUGGAGAAGGCCAGGCGGGAAGAGGAGCAGCACUUGCGGGAGAAGGCCCGGCAGGAGCUUGAGGAACUCCGAACCCAAAUCUGUUCUGAAACGGAGGCAGAGAAGGAGAGAGUCAGGGAGGAACUGGAGUCCCUUCGGCAGUCGGAGGAGCAGGCGCUGAGGGAAAAGGCACACCUUUCCCUGGAACGGGCAAAGCAGGAGGCGGAGGCGGCUCAGGAGGCCCAGGAGGCAGAGCUGGAGCAGGACCUCCAGAAAGCCGUGAGCGAGCGGAAAGAGAGACUGCGCCAGCAAAAGGAGGCGGCCCUACAAGAACUAGAAGCCCAGUUUGCCGCAGAGACCCAGCAGCAGAGAGCGGCGGCCCUGGAAGUGCAGCAGAAGGCCCUCGCUGUGCUCCGAAGGCAGAUAGCGGAGGCUCAGCAAAAGGCGGAAACGGAAUUGCAGGAGGAGCUGGAAAGCGCAGAGCAGCAAGCCCAGCGGAAGAAGCAUCAGGUGGCUGAAUACGAGCGAGAGCUCAGUGACCUCCUGAGGGAGAAGCGGCAGGAAGUGGAGCGGGAGCAUGCGAGGCGGAUGGAGAAGGCGCAGGAGGCGCACCGGGAGGCCCUGGCAGAGAUCCAAGCGCAGCACCUGGAGGAGGAGAGACGGCAGCGGGAGGAGCUGCAGAGCCAGCUGCAAGAAGAGCGGGAAUGCCUGAGAGCCAGCCAUGAGGCUGAGGUGGAGACCUUGCGGAGGAAGCAGGCCGAGCAGAUGAGAGACCUGUGCAGGAGCCAAAAGGAAGAGGAGGAAAAGGCAGCCUUGGAAAGGGAGCUCCGACUUCAGGAGGCACAAGCAAAAGCCGCCCAGCUUCAUGCCCAGGAAGAAGCCUGGAAGAGAAGAAAACAGCAGCUCUUUGAGGAGGAGAAGCAACUGGAGCAACAGAGAAAGGAAGCGGCUUUGGCCCUUGAGGAGUCUCGGAAGGAGCAGGAGAGCCUUGCGGAGAGUGUGCGGCAGCUGCUUCGUGAGAUGGCAGAGCUCCAGGAGCAGAAAGCGGCGCUGGGCUCCCAGGUGGAGCGGCUGCGGAAGGAGGCCAGUGAACUUGAGGAGGCCGUGAAGAGCAAGCAGGGGCUGCUGAGCCCAGGCGAAGGGAGCAGCUCCAAACCCUCUCCAAAGGAAAAGGAGGAGGAAGAGGAGGAGCUCAGGCUGGAAGACCUGCAAGAGAGCAGCUCAGUGGCUGCCUCCAGAAAAGUGGAAUUCAAAGCUCCAAAGGACAACGAGGAAAGCAGCGGCCUCCUGGACCAGGUCCGACACUACAUUUCUGCAGAGGGCUCCUCCCUGAAGACCACCAAGGAGUUCUUGGUGCGCCAGACGCACUCUGUGCGGAAGAGGCAGACGGCCCUGAGGGCAGCCAAGCUGCACUGGAGCCACGACCUGCAGGAUCCGGGCCGCUCUGAGGUGCUGGUGGGGGUGCGCCGGAGCCUGGAAGAGGAAGCAAGGCAGCUGGAGGAGGUGAGGUCUGCGGUGCGGAAGGGCCAGGCCCUGCUGAGGAAGAAAGAGGAGCGGCUGGCCCAGCUGGAGUCCUCCCUGGCGGAAGAGCUCUCCGACGAAGAUACGCUCAAGGGAGGGGCGUGCAAGAAGGUGGUGACCUUCGAUCUCAGUGACUCUGAAGACACAAGUAGCAUGAUGAGCACCAAUGGCUCUCCCCACAAAAGGCUUGGCCUGAAGCCGGACCUCCGCUUGCCCCCCCUGGACAAGAUCCAGUGCCUGACCGACUCCUUGCAGCGCAUCACCAGCGAGCUGAACAGGGUGCUGGGCCUCCUGAGCACCUUCAGCACCCAGCAGCCCUUGCCCUUCACGCCCGGCCGGAGCCCGUCCUCCCCGCUGUCCACAGAGGGUGUCCCAUUGGCCACUUACCCCUCUCUGCCCCGCACUUCCGCUGGGCCUCACUGGGCCUGGGGCAUCUGCUCGGCGCCCGUUGCUCCUUCUGCUCCAGCCGGCCAGUCGGUGGACAACAUGUUGACGGAGAAGUGGCGCAAGUAUUUCCCAGGUGUCUUCCCAUUGCCCUGUGGGGGCCCUGGAGCCCUGAGUGGCAAGCUGUCUUUGGUGACCCCUGACAACCCCGUGCGCCUUCUCCCGCAGCCCCCUUUCUGUGGCUCUGAGGCAGAGAAGCAGAACAUCCAGGGCAUGAUCGAUGCCAACAGGAAGUGGCUGGAGAGCGUCAAGCAGGACUCCCGAGUGCCCAUCCUGCUGAGCGGACCCAAGUCCCCCCACGGGCCCCUUCCUGGCGUGGUGCAGCUCGGCCUGGAUGAGAACAACCAGAUCAAAGUCUUCCACUUCUAGGAGAGAGAAAGGGGCCUCAAAGCUCCUCCCAAGCAGCAGCGCCCCGCUUGCUCCCCACUUGGCUGGCAAUACAUGGCAUUCCUUCCUCUGAGGCAGCCUCCGUGAAUGCUUCCUUGGGCCCAGCUCCUCUUACGGCUCCCGGUUUGGGGAAGCAGCCCCCUGCGCUCAUUUCCCAGUGCCCUCGAGGCCAGCCUUUCUGGGGUGCCAGAGCCGUCUGCUCAAGACGCAUGCCCGUGUGCAUGGAUGGUGGUAGCGGGUUCACGUGCUGGGCUCUGCAGGGCUGAGAGUCUUGGUUGCGCCAUUCUCAUUUUCUGUUCUGAGAACAGGCUUGGGGUGUGGGUGGGGGGAGCCUUUGGUAUUGGCUUUGCUCAGCUACUGCGCCCAGUGGCAAAUCCAGGGUCCGGGGAGCGGAGAGCAUGGGGUCCUUCACUUUUCAAUACACAGAGCUGGUUGGGCUGGGAGAAGUGGGGUGUCGGUGUGCCCAUGGGUGACCCUUCCAGUGGUGCUUAUGGUGACACAAGUGGUUUGUAGAAGCAAGAAGGGGCCAGUGGUGCCCUCCGUUCCGCUGGCAGGACAACGAGGGUCUUCGGCCCAGACCGCCUGCCUUUCCCCUUCAUCCUCUUUGAGGGUGACCCCGUCUCACGGGCCAGGCUUCGGCUUCUGAGCCCCUGGGAGGGAGCGGCCUUUGGGGCACCCUCUGCACCGGACAUCCAUCAUCAUCAUCAUCCUCUCCGAUCACAGCAUUGCCCUCUCCGUCUGUCUGAUCUCUCAAGAGCAGCAGAAGGGACGGGAAAUGACUGGGGUGCGACAAAGUGUGCCUUUGGCUGCGUUUUGCAUAUCAAAUAAAGCUAUUUUUUGUA